CAUUUGUAAUGAGAAAUUGCACCAAUCUGCACGUGAAUCAAAAAGUGUUCUUCUUCUCUUUAAGAAAUAAUAUAAUAAAAAUUACUUGAUUGUUUUAUAAAUAGUGCGCCAUUAAUUAAUCAUACAUAAAUCUGAGAACAAACAAAUUGCUUACAACAGCCGCGUUUCGUUUAGUAACAAAAACAUCGUUAAUCAAAAAAAAGAGAAACCGUCAGCGAGCGACCGACGACGACGAGCAAAGACCGAAAACACACAAAUUUUCGUGUUUUUUUUCUCAAUUUGAUUUUCCUUAAAUUAAACAUCGAAAAAGAAAAUUAACAUCUGAAUUGUUUUAAUAGCAAAAUAAUUGUAAUAUUUUAUGCAUAUUUCCCUCGAAGACGAAGAGUAGAGAUCUAUACAAAUAUUUACACUGUGUCCCUUAAAAAUUACAUAAUCCAUCGAAAUUUCAAAGAAAAUUUGUGAAAUUUAAUUGUAAAUGUUUAAUUAAUAAAAUAUUCAGUAAUCUGUAAGAAAAUCACUUAAAAUUUCAUUAAAAUAAAAACAUAUUUUUGUGAGUUUUUGUUUCGAUUGCAAUCAAUCGGGUGGAGGAAAAACAAGAAGAUAGUGAAAGAAGAAAAAAUAUCUUGAAAUUUCUUAUGAGUUCGGCAAAUGGAAAUUAGCUAGCUAUGUAGGAUUCCUCAUCGAGUGCCUUAAGUGCAUUUUUUCUUCUCUGUUCGCCUCAUCUCUCUCUCGAGAUAAUCUCGUUGUUAAUCAAGAUACCGAACCGACUCGAUUCUCAUUCAUGCUUAUUGGAUUUAAAAUCGAGUUGAAUAUCAAAUCAUUCACUAAAAUUUAAACAAAAAUAUAUAAAUACAAGAAAAUUGUUUUUAAAAAGAAGUAUAAGAACAUCAAGACCAACCACCAUCACCGGGCCAUCGAAUUAGCAGCAGCAGCAGCUUACGACGACGACCAGACAUGACCCAAAGAGAACGCGACACUAUCAUUCACUUGGUUGCUGGCGGAACUGCUGGCACAGUUGGAGCAGUUUUAACAUGUCCCCUUGAAGUUGUUAAAACGAGACUACAAAGUUCAUCGUCUUUUGUGUCACCACCACGAUUACCAGAAGCACCAGGAUGUGCACAUCAAAGCGAAGCACUUUUAAGACCUGAACAACGCCGUAAACUAUGUACAACUAUUUUAAGGAAGCGACCGCAGCCACAGGUGAUUGGGGGUGUCCGGAGGAUAAUGGCCAUCUCACAUUGUGGCAUCUCAUCAACAGCCAAAAGUAUGAGCAUCGUGCAAUGUUUGAAACACAUAGUACAAAAUGAAGGACCUCGUGCUCUAUUCAAAGGAUUAGGUCCGAAUCUCGUUGGCGUUGCACCAUCACGCGCAAUUUACUUCUGCACUUACUCUCAAACAAAAUCUAUGUUAAAUAGCUUAGGAGCCGUUCGAAAAGAUUCACCUGUUGUCCAUAUACUGAGCGCAUCAUGUGCAGGCUUUGCAGCUUCUUCAGCAACAAAUCCAAUUUGGUUUGUUAAGACUCGACUACAAUUGGACUAUAAUUCCAAAGUUCAAAUGACAGUUAGGGAGUGCAUUGCACGAAUAUACGCACAGGGUGGAGUAAGAGGGUUUUAUAAGGGUAUAACAGCUAGUUAUGUUGGUAUCUCAGAAACAGUAGUUCAUUUUGUUAUAUAUGAAGCCAUUAAAUCGAAAUUGGUUGAAUAUCAUGGUACACACCAUCCAGGUGAUCUUAAAACAUCACGUGAUUUCUUUGAAUUUAUGUUGGCUGGCGCUACGUCAAAGACAAUUGCAUCAUGUAUCGCCUAUCCACAUGAAGUUGCGAGAACAAGACUGAGAGAAGAAGGUAAUAAGUACAAUAAAUUUUGGCAAACAUUACAUACCGUAUGGAAGGAAGAAGGUCGAGCUGGACUCUAUAGGGGCCUAGCAACACAACUAGUCCGGCAAAUACCAAAUACCGCGAUAAUGAUGGCUACUUACGAAGCCGUCGUCUAUGUACUAACUCGUCGAUUUAACAGCGGCUUUUUGGAUGCUGAGGAUCAACCGAUAAUUUGUGAUCUUGUAGAUCUAUAGGAUGCUUAUGGAUCUUACAAAAAAACUUUUUUGUGUUAUUUAAGUUAAUUUUUAAGUUUUUACAUGCAUAUAUUUAUAUCUAUUAUACAUAUAAACAUACAUAUUUACCAUAUCUUUUUGUUGCAAAAAAAGAACAACAACAAAGUCAUUUUAUUUAAUUUUGUUUUCAUUAUAAAUGUUUAUUAUAUUCAUUUUUUCUUUUUGAAAAGAAAGGUUCAAAUAAUAUUAAAUAUUAAAUAACCUUUCAUAUUUUUAAAAAACUUUGAAAUUCAUUUAAAUCAAAAAUAUGUAUAAGCACUUAAUGUAUAACCGGUGUUUUAUGUUCACCAAUCCUAUUCAUAAUAUGGUAAUUUUUUUAGUUAUAGUUCUUGAAGAACUUCUUUGUAGAAAAGGGCUUUACUAUCUAAAAAUUUAUAUCGAAUUAAGUAAAAAGUAAACGAAAUAGAAACGCAAUUAUUGUUUUGGAAUAAAAUUAAAAAAGAAAUCAUACACAAAGUUGUUUUGUUUCUCAUAUAUUAAAGUAAAAAUAAAACAACAAUAUAAAAAUAUGUUUUGAAUAAUACGAAAACGAAAAAGGCUGCUAUUCUUAUAAUAAUUAUAUAAUUAUGUACGUAUGUAACUCAAUAAAAUUAUGUUACAUUUAAAUUAGUAAAACAAAAUAAAUUAAAUUAAAACAAAAGGACAAAUUUAAUUGCGAAUAAUGUAUAUGUACUAUAUUGUUACUGUGAAGUUAUUUUUUUUGUUUUGUUUAAACUGUUUGUAAAUAGAUAGAAUCUUAAAUUUUAAUUUUAAACUCAUAUUACAUUAUAAUAAUUAUUAUUUUAUUUAGUAGUAUCAUGAAAUUAUUUUUUGUCGAGGAAAAACAAAACAAACAAAUAUUGUGUACUUUUGAAUUAUGCAUAAAUGUUCAUCUUUCAAAAAAACAAAUCGCAUUGUACUACUAACUAUUGUCAUUAAAUAUUUUAAACGAACAACUGAAAUAUAAAUAAAAACAAGUAUAAAUAUAAUAAC